AUGUCCAAAUUGUUCUACCUUCCUUUGUACCUUUGUCAUAGGGGGAAUGGAAGCAAAUCGGCAGGAUUGGGGAGAAGCGGGACAGGGGGGAAAGGCGAAACAAAGAAAGGUGGGACGACGAAAGGGAUAACUCAUUCGAAGGAUGCUAUAACACAACGAGGUGAAGAGAAAGAAACGCAAGGAAACAAAAGAAAUAAACUUAGCUUAUUCUUAAAAAAGUCGACAAAAAAAACGAAACUCUCCUCUGAUAAGUACAAUUUGUGCGACACGCUGUUCCUCUUUAAUGACCUUAAAAAUUACAUUAUCCUUGAAAACAGAAAACACUUGUUUGAUUCCUUCACAGAGCAAAACUUUUCCUCCAUCAUAAUAACCCCCCUGAACAUCCUUCCAAACGUUAUUAUAAAAAAAUACUUUGGAAUUAUUUCCAUGCACAUCGUGAAGGAAAAUGUUAACCUCAAGCAGUUUGAUGUUUUUUACCAAAGCAUAAUAUCGGAUAUUUUAUUUAUUGCCAAGUCUCACAUUAAGGCCAUCGGGGCCAACUUAAUAUGUUCCUUUAAGAUCACCAACUUAUUCAUGCGCGAGGAGAGGUCGCACGCCUACGCGCUGAUCAGCAUUUGCGGCGACGUCGCCAAGAUUUGA